UUCCUCCGCCCACUGCCCACUCAGUCGCAGCAACCGCCGGAGCCGCAGGAGGGAGGCGGGACCUGUCCGGCGGCUGCUGGGGAGGCGCCAGGAUGAAGCUUUACAGCCUAAGUGUCCUUUACAAAGGCGACCCCAAAGUGCACUUGCUGAAAGCCGCCUACGACUUGUCCUCGUUCAGCUUCUUCCAGAAAACCAGUGUUCAGGAAUUCAUGACCUUCACGAGCCAGCUGAUUGUAGAGCGGUCAGUGCUGGGCAGCCGAGCGUCAGUGAAGGAACAAGAAUACCUCUGCCAUGUGUACGUGCGAAAUGACAGACUGGCUGGAGUGGUGAUCGCAGACAACGAGUAUCCACCGCGUGUGUGUUUCACCUUGCUGGAGAAGGUGCUGGAUGAGUUCUCCACACAGGUCAGUAGGACAGACUGGCCCUCAGGAUCUCCAUCUACGAUUAACUAUGCAGCCUUGGACGGUUACCUUAGUAAAUAUCAGAAUCCCCGGGAGGCGGAUGCUAUGACGAAAGUGCAGGCGGAGCUGGACGAGACCAAAAUCAUUCUGCACAACACCAUGGAGUCUCUGCUGGAGCGCGGGGAGAAGCUGGAUGACUUGGUGGCCAAGUCGGAGGUGCUUGGGCUACAUUCCAAACACUUCUACAAAACUGCCCGAAAGCAGAACUCGUGCUGCGAGAUCAUGUGACCCAGCCAGCUGAGACCGCUGCUCCCACCGCCUGGCCUUCACUCACUUUCAGACCUUUAAAGUACAUGGGACGAAAAGAGACCGCCCGGGGGUGGGGAUCCCCGGUUCCAGGCUGCACCUCUGCGGGCGGUGGGGCUGGGACAGGGCUUUCUCGGCACCCCGGGGCCAUCUAGUUAAACAGCUCUUCCUCAGAAAGGCCGGCAAGGUCAGCCCUGAAGAGACAGUGUGACCAUUCUCCUGCCAGCCCUUUCUGGCCUGAAGGGCUUGUUGCUUUGACAUCUGGCUUGUAAUUGCGGCGCUGGAUUGGCCAGGGGCUUUCACUCCUCAUCUCCAGAGAUCAGACGCGGACUGCAUUCUGGUCACGUUGUUGUUUACAGUCAUAACACUAGAGAGGGACUCCAGUAACUGAGACCAGCCAGCACCACUGCCCAACGUUGAGGGCCCAUCAGCUCAGCCUCCGACUCCUACCCACCCAGCGACUGAACCCUUGGGCGCGGGGCCCGGUUGAUAUGGGCCUCUGAGGAGCGUUGAGAACAGGCGUCA